ACCUCAGAGAAGGACCGUCAGUUACCAAGCGACAGCACAUCUCAGCUUACCAGGACAAGCCCGCUGUUGCUUCACACACUUCAUACUAACUUUGCAGAAAUGUCCGCCAAGGCACUCUUCCUUUCUGUACUGGUGGCUCUGGUUGGCCUUGGCGCAGCAGCCGUCGAGGAUAAGGAACCAAAAGAGGACCCGAGGCUCUUCUUCACGGGUUUGACCGGGACCAAUGACACCGACCAAAUCACCCUUAGCGGCAGCGCUCUGAUCGUGCUCGGCCUGGUCUUGGCGGCGCUCAUUGCAGCAGUCAUUGUCCUCGGGGUCCUGCUUGGCGUCGGCUCCUCAGCGUUCAAGCACUUCGACAAUGACUACGGUUACUCCAGCCCCUCGUACUAUUCCUAUUCCGGCCCAGACUCCCGGGAAAGUUCUUACGCCGUUCACCGCACGCUGGAGGACGCCGCCAGAAAGUUUGAAGAGUAAUUUUCGUGAUGCUAUCCAAGAAUUUAGCAACCCAGCACUCCACCUCACUCCAUCAAUGAAACCUUUACUCCCCCGGGUCUGCUCUCAUGAACAUGGGAAGGAGGCAAAGAGUGUGAGUGAGGAAAAGGAGUGCGUGAGUGAGGGAAGACAAGGACGCCAACGAGAUUCUAUUAGUGUCUUCCUGUGAUUCAGUUUUCCUCAAGACUCCUCGACAAGUGACAACCUCGACCAUUGACUUGAAAACGUUGCUGGACGUAAGACUCGACACUGACCAAUCGACUUUAUUUUCGUCGUGAAACUGCACAUAAAUAUUCUACUUUUGCUCUCUUUUCCUAUCAGUUUCACGGCUUACGCUCGCUUCCACUCCUUUUGGAAGCAUAUUAAGAUCAACCAUUCAUUCAUUCGCCUAUAGUUCUGGAAAAGAAAAAAUAAAAAAUAAUGAAUAAGUGUAAGGAUCAUCCUCAACAUUCUACUACUGAGUCUCAUGCGGGCAUCUCUUUCAUAGCUCGUCACCUAUAGUCACGUGUCUACGGCUUGACUCGCAUCACAUACACAUGCAUUUACAUACCUACUGUGCGGACGACGCGACUUACUUCUAAACCACGACACUCCACUGGACGAUUUCCUACCAAAACGAUUUAAACGAUUCAUCAUCAUAUUUUCUCUUUCAUCUCUUCCUGACACAUUCGCACCACAUUCGCCUCAGCAGCACAACUCACAUCCUGCCGCGACAAACACUCGUUCCACACGGCCUCUCAUUACUUUCACCACCGUUUCCACUCAGUUGCUUCAUGACUCACCACUACGGGCAUUAUGAACCUAGCUUAUUAUGACGCGGCUCUGCCUGGCGUCACUGUUUGCUCCUUUCUUCAACAGUACAGUAUGCAUUUAAGCGCAUCUCAUCAACUUAUGUAUCUGCCCCUGUUAAGUAUUACGAACUCAUAAUCUUACUGACGAAUAACAGACAAGAAAGGACUCUUCAUCUUACUGACGCAUAACGAAUAAGAAAGGACUCACACACUAGACAGAAUUACGAGAAAGGUUAAGGCGUGACUGACAGCAAGACGGUUCCCAGUAACGCACCCACAAGCCCUCCUCGACGCAGCACCGGGACUUUGCCGACGCACGAGACCUUAAUUGGGGAAACACUUAUCCCUCUCUUGACUCAUCUGCCUGUCUCACCUGUACAGAUGUUAAUUAUCAGGAUGGACACACACACACACACACACACACACACACACACACACACACACACACACACUAUGUACACAAAUUGAGACAAAAUAAUAAUCAGAUAUUAAUUCAAAAGUGAAACUGUGUUCAAGUUAAAAAGAUCAAUACCUUUUUUUCCCUCACUCAGUCUAGUUAAUUUAUUUAUAUUUAUUAUUGCAAAUUUAUAUGUAGAUAACUUUUUUCCUUUAAUAGAAAUGUUGAAUGCGUGAAAUACCAAGAAAAAAAAUUGUAUGUCUGAUUUAUUUAUGGGUUGCUCAUUAAUUUAUUUAGUUAUUAUCUCACUUGUUAUCCAUGCAAUGAUUUUUGGUUAAUGUUGUAAUUCGUUACGUUUUAAUAAUAAUAUU